UCUAACGGUGCGGUGAGGUGAUAAACGCGCAAUAUUGUGCCCAAAUUAAUUUUCACCAUGGAAAAGGUGGUUACAAAUAGGAACCUGAAUGGUUUCAAUGGUGAGCAGUUCACCGAACAAGUGACAGAUCAAAAGGACUCAAUUUCAACAAGUGACCAAAAAGUGGCACACCGAUUCCGAAAACUGAAAAUUGACCCAUCGUUCACAGCCAUAUUGCCUUCUGCUGUCGACACCGAAGAGCAUGAUUACGAUGAGCAUACCACGGAGAGUGACGACAAUGAACGUGGCAUUCGAACGCAGUAUGUGAGACUAAACGAGGAACAGCACGUUGAGGCAGUGGUGAUCCUGAAGAACGAUGGAACAAAAACCGGGCCGGAUGAAAUGGAGGAUCUACUGCAAAGCAACGGGAAACUCAAAUUCAAUUUGACACCAGAACAGUUGGGUGGCAUUGCCGGUGGUAGUGCGACCAUGGAAAAUAGAAGUAUUCCGCGAAAGUCCAGUCUCCGCAGAAACUCUGUGUUCAGUAACCAAUCGGACCUGGAGAAGCAGCUGGUGAUGGAGAAACCGAAACCUAUUCCGGAACCGGCAGGAAUGUAUGAUGUUCCCAAGAGGAUUUUGAUGCCAAUGUUUUCUGAAGACCAGGAUUUCAUGGAUAUGAACAGUUUUUACGACCGAAAUGCCCAGCUGAAGUUCGACGAGAUUCUCACCGUGUAUGACCAGUUCCCGAUGGAUUUUCUUCCCAGUAAGUACAAAUGUGGUGUCUGCAAAAAACUAUGCCAUGAGCCACGUGUGCUGGAUUGCCUGCAUACUUUUUGCAAACGGUGUCUGAUAGAGCUGGAGGCCAACUCGAACAGCGGAAGCAACCUAUUUUGGCGACGGAUCAACGAGUGUGCCAACUUUGACUGGGAUAGUAAGGUCAAGAGUGGCGAGCUUGAAGCAAACGAUGAAAGCAACAGAGAAAAUGAAAAGUUCCUAGCUGGGGCGACUUCCACACAUGAAUCCUCACGUGCCAUCAAUUGUGCUGCUAAUCAUGAUGGUUUCAGCGGAGAAUCACGUUUCGAUCAGAUUAGAGCGUCUUUUCAGAACUUCAAGGAGAAAAACUGUUUGAAGUCACCGUCUAAAGAGAGGGAUUGUUACUGUUUCCAGACUAAAAGCAAUCUAAAGCUCGCAGCGAAAAUUGACCAAGAAAAGGAUUUGAUCUGUCCCAGUUGCGGAUUGGCAACCGUGCUCCCACUGGGAGGAGUGAAUCGCUUACCGCCUCAUUUUGUCAUGGAACGCAAAAUUGAAGAUAUGGUUUCGGCUUGCGGAAAUCCUCCGCCGAAUCUGUUCUGCGAAUUGUGCACCAAUGAAGUCACGGCCACAUCGUCGUGCUCCACGUGUUCCCUCAAGUUGUGUAGCUUUUGCAAGGAAGCCCACCAGCGGCAGCGUAAUACAGCCCAGCAUAAGGUUCGCUCGCUUGGGGAGCUGUUGAAAAAAUCCCGCCACAAUGAUCCGGAGGCACGCUCGAUUAAGUGUCCCAUGCAUCCGGAGCAUCAAUUAAAAUUAUUCUGCACCACUUGCCAUCAAGUCAUAUGUAACGAGUGCACCGCUUUCAUUCACCGGGACCAUAAAUACACGUCUGCAUCGAAAGCGGGAAAGGUUUACAGUAAGUUUGUGAAAAAUGCAAUCGAGCAGACGAAACCGCUCGAAGAUUACGCCAUGCAAUCGAUCGGACGGCUCAAUGACAUGUCGAUAAGGAUCAACAGCAAGUGUGAAGCGGUCCAACGGGACGUGGAAGCUUACAUCGAUGAGUAUGUUGCUGCACUGGAGGACCACCGGAAGGCGCUGCUAAAACAAAUCGGCGAGGUGCGGGAGGCGAAGAUGGCAAUGAUAAUGGCACAGAAGGUGGAUUUGGAACAACGCUCCCAAAAUGCACGCACAGCCAUCGACUUUGCCGAGGAGAUCAUCAACGAAGGCAAUGAGAUAGAAAAUUUAAUAUUUGUUAGCAUCCUGCUGAAACGCUUCGAGCAAUGUUUGCGCUCCAACCGGGCGCUUGAUUUCAAGGUGACGGAUACAUUGGAAUUCCUACCGGAUGAAAUGACACCCUGUUUCCGGGUGCAAAACCUAGUUCCACUUUACGGUAUCAUCACGACCCAGAAGGCUGAUCCAAGAAAGUGCUCACUUGUGAAUUGUGCUGAGCUAGCCAGCCUCAAAGUGCAUCGAAAGGUUGAGCUGUCACUUGUCACCAAAGAUUAUGAAGGUAGACCUAUGAACCACGGUGGAAUCACCGUACAGACGGACCUUCGCCACCAGGAGGAUGAUUCUCGGCCAAUCUCACUCAACGUGGCAGAUAACCGCAACGGGACCUAUGGGUUAUCUUUUGUGCCGGAGCGAGCAGGUGUGAUGAGCCUGAUGGUCUCUGUGGAUGGGAAAAUUAUUGAGGGUUGCCCAUAUGUGCUGAGAAUUCACAACUUACGGCCACACAACGGUGUUUAUCAUUGUUGUUCGUUCUGCUCCAGCAACGGGUCGAAAUACAGCACGUGUGCUUGCGGAAGCAUCAUGCCCGGAGGCUACAAAGGUUGCGGCCACGGUCACGAGGGACACCCCGGUCACCGUCACUGGUCCUGCUGUGCAAGCUUGUUGGAGCAUUCGGAUUGUACGACCAAGAAAGUAAAGUGAACACGCAUAACAUAUGUGUUUGGCAGCAGUAGGUGCUACUUUACGAUCACCGUAAGCAGUGAGGGAACAGUAAAGUAAUAUGAGAUAGGAAAACCUAUAGAUAAGAAAACAUAUGGCGAGAAAAAUAUUUUUUCCUCAUGAUAUGAGACAUUGGUAAUUUUAAUUUCCAACAAUUUUAAAUUUUGAUUUAUAUGAGAGCGAUUUACUUUGUCCAUCACUUUACUAGGUUCAAAUGUCCAUACAUUGAUUUUGAUUCACAGCGUAGAAGACGCUGUAUGAAAGUUAUGUAAUAAAUAAAAGAAGAGCUGAAAUAAACAUGCAUAUACUACAUUGAACAACGUUAAUCAAAUAAUUCGUUUCAAUACAGACUAAACAGUACCACUUUUCUGGUGAACAA